AUGAAGAAAUAUUAUUCAUAGAGAUUCUUAAAUUUUAAAAUAUCUUAGAAGUGUCACAAUCAGAAAAAAAUCAAUCUAAUUGAUUUUGGGUAUAGGUUAGAAUUGUUAAAAAUAUUGAAGCAAAUAAAAAAAGCAAAGAAAAAAUUUCAUUUAUUAGAACAACUUUUAACAAACUCCUUUUGCAAAAUCUUGCAAAAGAAUAAAAUAAAAAAAUGA